AUGGACCAGUUGAUAAGUUUGGAGCCAUUGAAUGUGGUUGCAAUACGGGUCGAACAGGGUCAAAAGUGUUACGGUAAGAUCACUUUGAAAAACGUUAUGUACACCAUGCCGGUGGCUUUCCGCCUUCAGCCAAUGAACAAAUUCCGGUACAGCGUUCGUCCACAAUCCGGAAUCAUAUCUCCUCUGACCACUCUCACGGUGGAGAUCAUGUAUGAUUUGCCUCCCAAUUCAAGCCUUCCGGAAUCAUACCCGUAUUGUGAUGAUUCGUUCUUGUUACAUAGCGUGGUGGUUCCUGGUGUCGCGGUUAAGAAUACUUACACAAAUGAUUCGGUCCCUAGUGAUUGGUUUACUACAAGAAAGAAGCAGGUGUUUGUUGAUAGUGGUAUCAAGGUCAUGUUUGUUGGCUCAAUGGUGAUGGCUAAGCUUGUUGCCAACGGGUCUAUGGACGAAAUUAGAGAUGUUUUGGAGAAGAGUGAGCCAUCUUGGAAGGCUGUAGACUCGGUUGAUUCCGAAGGUCAGACUUUACUUCAUCUGGCAAUUGGUCAAGGUCGAGCCGACCUUGUUCAGGUGCUACUCGAGUUCAAGCCAGAUGUAGAAGCUCGGAACCGUGUAGGAUUAACCCCACUUGAGGCUGCAGCAGCCUCAGGUGAAAGCUUGAUUGUAGAGCUCUUACUGGCUCAUCAAGCCAGCGCACAGCGGUUAGAGCCAUCGGCUUGGGGUCCAAUCCACCUUGCGGCUGGUGCGGGCCAUAUUGACGUUUUGAGGCUACUUUUGCUCAAAGGUGUCAACGUGGACGCACUAACCAAAGACGGGAAUUCCGCUUUACACCUUGCCGUGGAGGAGCGGAGACGGCACUGUGCCCGACUGCUGUUGACCAGCGGUGCGAAUCCCAAUAUUCGUAAUUCCAGUAGAGACGAGACUCCAUUGCAUAUAGCUGUAGCUCUUGGGGAUGAUAAAAUGGUUAACCUUCUACUCCAAAAGGGAGCUAACAAAAACAUUCGAAACCAAUCCCGGCAAACCGCUUAUGAUGUUGCCACCGAGCACGGACAUACGCGGCUAUUCGACGCACUCCGGCUUGGCGAUAGCUUGUGUGUAGCUGCAAGAAAAGGCGAGAUUAGAACCAUCAAUAGGCUUCUUGACGGUGGAGUCGCCAUUAAUGGGCAGGACCAGCACGGAUGGACCGUUUUACACCGCGCCUCGUUCAAGGGCCACACCAAUGUAGUCCAGAUUCUGAUGGAAAAGGGAGUCGAUAUUGAUAUCGAUGCAAGGGAUGAAGAUGGAUAUACUGCUCUCCACUGUGCUGUGGAAUCUGGGCAUGUUGAUGUGCUUGAAUUACUAGUAAAAAGAGGUGCAGAUAUUGAAGCAAGAACCAACAAGGGUGCGACUGCAAUGCAAAUCGCGGAGUCACUGAACUACACCGGAAUCACCAGAGUUCUGGUCCAUGGAGGUGCCGAGAAGGAUGAACUCGCACUUUUGAGUAAAACUGCACCAGAAUUUGCGAGUAAAACUGGUACCAGAUAUGGCAACGAGAUGGGAUCGAUGUCGAUGAAGAAGAUGACUACUCGAACAAGAGCAGUUUGUGGUAGCUUUGAUCAAUCUUCUACACCAUUGAUUAUGAUCUAAUGAACUCAAAUUCAUUCUUCUGAUGUUUUGAUGAACCUUUCUUCCACGCACAAAAAACCAUCUGUAGUUCCGUAAUUAUUUUGAUAGCAGUUAACUCGAGAACUGUUCGUUCUUGUAUUAAUCCCAAAAAAUUAUUCUUGUAUUGUUUGAGAUCCAGCAUUUAGAUGUCCAAAUGGAGUUCCAAAAGUUAUCAUAUCAACCCUAAGUUCUAAUCAAACUCGUAGCAAUAAGGAUUCUAUCACAAACUUAACCCCAGAAAAUUGAAUUUGACAACAUCUAUUAGUGAUUAAUGCGAUCAUUGAUCUUGGAAUCAGAAAACCUCACGUCAGAUUCGAGCUUGAAAACUAGUUCGAUCUAAUCCAAAAAUGAAACAGGGUAUCCUUGUUUAGAGCAGUUACUGAAAUUAAAGCAAUAUAGAGGAUGCAGAAACGUACCGCAUAG